GCUCGAGAGUCGCGCCGAUCGAGCGCUAGUACAGUAGACGAGGUCAUCAGCUCUAUACUUUUGCGUACGUCUAUAUAGCGCGCGUACCUACAUAUUAUAUGCACUGAUCGAGAGAUCUGACCCGGACUACAGUCCUUGGAGUUACACAUGGAGUACUUGGACCUAAAAUAGGAAAGUUAAGGUGUGAUUUUAAUAGGUCUUUUGCUCCCAGGACACAUUUUGAAACAAGGUCUGUGAGUGGGAACUCUGUGCAGAUCGAUUUAGUAUCAAGAUUAGUGGUUUCACAACUUUUGCGAUCGCGAAGUUCGCACACUUGUCUUGCACUCCAGGAAGUACACUGCUAUCACUUAGGAUUUUACUCCACAGCUUCGCCGCUUGUCGUGAUUCAACAUGGCGGACGCCGAAUUGAAAUACCUUGUCGUUGACAAAAACAUGGUCAACGACCCCGCCUCCAAUGCAGCCUGGUCAGCGAAGAAACUCGUCUGGAUACCUGAUGAAGUCAAUGGUUUUGUUGCUGCGAGCAUCAAGGAGGAACGUGGCGACAGUGCUGUGUUGGAGGUGGCCGACACCAACAAGAAGAGGACAGUCAACAAAGAUGACAUCCAAAAGAUGAACCCACCCAAAUUCUCAAAAGUUGAAGAUAUGGCAGAUCUGACCUGUCUCAAUGAAGCGUCGGUCUUACAUAAUCUCAAAGACAGAUACUAUUCUAGUCUUAUCUACACCUACUCUGGACUGUUCUGCGUGGUCGUUAACCCCUACAAGAGGCUACCCAUCUACCAUGAAAAGGUCAUUGAACUGUACAAGGGAAAGAAGCGUCAUGAAGUACCCCCUCAUGUCUAUGCCAUCACAGACACUGCCUACAGGAGCAUGCUUCAAGAUCGUGAGGACCAGUCUAUCCUUUGCACUGGAGAAUCCGGAGCUGGAAAGACAGAGAACACCAAGAAAGUCAUCCAAUACCUAGCCCAUGUAGCUGCUAGCAAGAACACCAAGGGCUCAUCUACAAUCCAUAGUAUACAAGAAUUAGCUGGAGAUAGGAUUAAGAAAAAAAAAGUUACCUAUCAAUUACCAAAUGCGGGUGAACUAGAGGCCCAGCUCCUCCAAGCCAACCCUAUCCUAGAAUCCUUUGGAAACGCCAAGACCGUCAAGAAUGACAACUCUUCACGUUUUGGAAAAUUCAUCCGCAUCAACUUUGACACAUCUGGCUACAUUGCAGGAGCCAGCAUCGAGAGCUACCUACUGGAAAAGGCUCGUGUCGUCCGCCAGGCUGGCACCGAGAGGACCUUCCACAUCUUCUACCAGCUCUUACUGGGAACUUCACCCGAAGUCAAGAAGCAAAUGCUGCUUGAGAACAUUGAUCAAUAUGCGUACCUGAGCAAUGGGAACGUACCUGUGACAGGAGUAGACGAUAGGAACGAGUUUAAAGACACCCUCGAAGCUGUACGAGUCAUGAAUAUCAAUCAGGAAGAAUUGGACGCUACCUUCAAGGUUGUGUCAGCUGUGCUGUUGUUUGGAAACCUGACCUUCAAGCAGGAGAGGAACACUGAUCAGGCUACACUCCCUGACUCCACAAUUGCUCAGAAGAUCUGUCACCUGUUGGGAAUCAAUGUGACUGAGUUCACCAAGGCUCUUCUCAAACCUCGUCUCAAGGUCGGCAGGGACUUUGUCAACAAGGCACAGAGCAAGGAACAGGUUGAGUUUGCUUGUGAAGCUCUGUCCAAGGCCAUCUAUGAGAAGCUCUUCAAGUGGAUAGUGGCCAGGAUCAACAAAUCUCUAGACAGGAGCAAGCGUACUGGAGCAUCCUUCAUCGGUAUUCUGGAUAUCGCUGGUUUUGAGAUCUUCCAGAUGAAUUCCUAUGAGCAGCUUUGCAUCAACUACACGAAUGAGAAGCUCCAGCAGCUCUUCAACCAUACCAUGUUCAUCUUAGAACAGGAGGAGUACCGACUUGAAGGCAUCGAAUGGAAGUUCAUUGACUUUGGACUUGAUCUCCAGCCUUGCAUCGACCUCAUUGAGAAGCCGAUGGGUAUCCUAGCUCUUCUGGAUGAGGAAUGCUGGUUCCCUAAGGCCACAGACAAGUCCUUUGUUGAGAAGCUCAUGAAGGAGAUGGGCAAGCACAACAACUUCAAGAAACCAGACUUCAGAGACACUGCUGACUUCUCUGUUGUUCACUAUGCCGGCAAGGUGGACUACUCAGCCACCCAGUGGCUGACCAAGAACAUGGACCCACUCAAUGAUAACAUCAUUGGUCUACUCAGGAGCUCUGUGGACCCCUUCGUCUGUAACAUGUGGAAGGAUGCUAACAUUGUUGGUAUGAGCAACUUGAGUACCGACAGCAACAGUCGCUUUGGGGCGGCCAAUACCCGUCGAGGUAUGUUCCGUACCAUUGGCCAGCUCUACAAGGAGCAGCUGGGCCGUCUCAUGACUACUCUCAACAACACCAACCCCAACUUUGUCCGUUGCAUCAUCCCCAACCACGAGAAGAAGGCUGGCAAGAUCAACUCUCCUCUCGUACUGGAGCAGCUGAGAUGCAAUGGUGUGCUGGAAGGCAUCCGUAUCUGUCGUCAGGGCUUCCCAAAUCGAAUCAUCUUCCAAGAGUUCAGGCAGCGAUAUGAGCUGCUGACACCAAACGUCAUUCCAAAGGGCUUCAUGGAUGGAAAGAAGGCUGUUGUUGAGAUGAUCAAAGCUUUAGACCUGGACCCUACCCUGUACCGUCUUGGUCAGAGCAAGAUCUUCUUCCGUGCUGGUGUGCUAGCCCAUCUUGAAGAGGAGCGUGACCUUAAGUUGACUGACAUUAUCAUCCGCUUCCAGGCUCACUGCCGUGGUGCCAUUAGUAGAAGGAACUACCAGAAACGUAUCCAGCAGCUGAGUGCUAUCCGUAUCAUCCAACGUAACUGCCUGGCCUUCCUCAAGCUGCGUGACUGGCAAUGGUGGCGUCUCUUCACUAAGGUCAAGCCACUCCUCAAUGUGACUCGCCAAGAAGAUGAGAUGCAGCAGCGUGAGGAUGAGCUGCGUAAGAUCAGGGAUAAGCUAGACACUACAGAGCACGACUACACUGAAAUGGAGCGCAAGUUGGAGCAAUGCUCUCAAGAGAAGAGUAUCCUAGUUGAGCAGCUCCAGGCAGAGGCAGAGCUGAGCCAGGAGGCUGAGGAGAUGAGGAUAAAGCUUGCUGCCAACAAAAAAGAGCUGGAGGAGGUUCUCCAUGACCUGGAGGCUCGUAUUGAAGAAGAGGAGGAGAAGAAUCAAGGCCUUGGUAGUGAGCAGAAGAGACUUCAACAGAACAUUAAUGACCUCGAAGAACAGCUUGAGGAGGAGGAGGCUUCCAGACAGAAGAUCCAGCUUGAGAAGGUCCAAGCUGAUGCUAGAAUCAAGAAGGUGGAGGAAGAUUUAGCCAUCAUUGAUGACGCCCAUUCUAAGUUGAUGAAAGACAAGAAGAUCGUUGAUGAGAAGCUGUCUGAGGUAUCACUCACCUUGACUGAGGAGGAAGAGAAGAGCAAGGGGCUGAUGAAACUCAAGGCUCGACAUGAAACAAGCAUUGGAGAACUGGAAGACAAGAUGCGCAAGGAUGAGAAGCAUCGUAAUGACUUGGAGCGUCACAAGCGUAAGCUGGAAACGGAGACAGAAGACCUAAGGGAACAGCUCAAUGAGCUUCGUCAAGAGAUUGUAGAGCUGAGGGCGCUGCUCGCUAAGAAAGAAGAUGAGCUCAAUGCUGCCCUUGCUCGCAUUGAAGAUGAGGUUAGUCAGAAGAACCAGCUUCAGAAGCAGGAGCGUGAGCUGCGUAACCAGCUGACGGAGCUCCAGGAGGAUCUAGAUGCUGAGAAGGAGGCACGCUCCAGGGCCGAGAAGAACAAGAGGGAUCUCAAUGAGGAACUUGAGGCCAUCAAAUCUGAGCUUCUGGAUUCCAUCGACAGCACUACAGCUGCUCAGGAUCUGCGAAACCGCAGAGAAUCUGAGCUGCAGGAUAUGAAAAAGCAGCUAGAGGUUGGUGGCAAGACCCAUGAACAGACCAUCCAAGACCUCCGUCACAAGCACAACAGCGCCAUUGAACAGCUCAAUGAACAGUUGGAUAAUGUCAAGAAGACCAAAUCUUCAUUGGAGAAGAGCAAGUCAAGCCUGGAGAGCAACAACUCUGAGCUGAGCAGUGAUCUGAAGCAAGCUUCCCAAGCUAAGCAGGAGUCUGAGAGGAAGAGAAAGAACCUUGAAGCACAGCUUGCUGAGUUGAAUGUCCGACUGCAGGAGAAUGAUAGAGCCAAGACAGACUCCGUGGAGAAGACUGUUAAGCUCCAGGCCGAGGUGGAGAGCCUUAAUGCUCUCCUUGGGGAGUCUGAGAGCAAGGCAUCCAAGGCCACAUCGUCAUCCAACUCCUUGAUGGGUCAGCUGACUGAGAUACAGGAGAACCUCAACGAGGAGACCAGACAGAAGCUAGAGCUCAAUUCCAAGCUCAGAGCUAUGGAGGCCGAGAAGGAUCAAAUACAGGAGCAACUAGAGGAAGAGGAACAGGCCAAGAGUAAUGCCAUGAGACAGGCUUCUACUCUCCAGAUGCAGGUGUCCGAUCUGAAGAAGAAGGUCGAGGAUGAUUCCAACUCUUUGGACCAAGCAGAGGAAUACCGCAAGAAGAUGGUCAAGGAGAUGGAGGCCAUGAAUAACGCCAACGAGGAACUGAAGCUCAGCUCAGACAAACUAGAGAAGACCAAGAAGAGGCUCCAGGCUGAGUGUGAUGAUGUGACCCUGAACCUUGAGAGGGAGAAGGCGAGUGUGACGGCUCUGGAGAAGAAGCAGAGGAAGUUUGACAGCAUGCUCAAUGAAGAGAAGGCUGAGAAGGAACGCAUCAUGCAGGAGCUUGAUGAGAGGUCUAAGGAAUCUAGGGACAAAGAAACAAAGCUGAUGAAUCUGAACCGAGAGAUGGAGGAACUCCAGGAGAGCCUACAGGAGAGUGAGAGGAUACGCAAGACACAGUACGCUGAGCUGGAUGAACUUGUCUCAUCAAAGGAUGAUGUUGGCAAGAGUGUCCAUGAGCUUGAGAAGGCUAAGAAAGCUUUGGAGACUCAGAUUGAGGAAAUGCGUACCCAGAUGGAAGAGCUUGAGGAUGAGCUCCAGGCCACCGAGGAUGCUAAGCUUCGUCUAGAGGUCAAUCUCCAGGCUGCUAAGGCUAACUUUGAGAGAGAUUCAUCAUCCAAGGAGGAGCAGUCAGAGGAGAGAAGACGUGCUCUCGUUAGACAGCUUCGUGAGAUGGAGGCUGACCUUGAGGAGGAGAGGAAGCAGAGAGGAAGUGCAGUCAACCAGAGGAAGAAGCUUGAGAUGGACCUCAAAGAUCUUGAGAGUCAGGUGGAGGCUGCUAACAAGACCAAAGAAGACAGUGUCAGACAACUACGCAAACUACAGACUCAAAUGAAAGAGUACCAAGCUGACAUGGAGGAUGCUCGUCAUGCUAGAGAUGAGAUCUUCCAGUCUGCCAAGGAUAAUGAACGCAAGCUCAAAGCUAUGGAGACUGAACUCAUGACACUCCAAGAGGAAUUGGCGAUGGCUGAGCGUGCCCGCAAGCAUGCCGAGUCUGAGCGUGACGAGCUCUCCGAGGAGAUGAACAGUAGCUCCUCCAAAGGAUCUGCAGCAUUGGACGAGAAGAGAAGAUUGGAACAGAAGCUCUCUCAGCUGGAAGAAGAGCUGGAGGAUGAGCAGACCAUGGUGGAGGGCUUGAUGGAGAAGGAGAGGAAGCUCACUGGACAGAUGGAGCAAAUGCAGGCUGAGCUUGCAUCUGAGAGAUCAUCCAAUCAACGUAAUGAGAAUGCCAAGAACAUCCUUGAAAGACAGAACAAGGAUCUGAAGGCUAAGAUGGCUGAGCUGGAGAGUGCUAGUCGCACCAAGUCAAAGGCUACCAUCCAACAGAUGGAGAGCAAGAUUGCACAGCUUGAGGACUCGCUUGAAAUUGAGGCCAAGGAGCGCAACACAGCAGCUAAGAUGGCCAAGAGAGCCGAUAGGAAAGCUAGAGAGAUGGCUAAUGCUAUUGAAGAUGAACGUCGUCAUGCCGAGCAGUACAAAGAACAGGUGGAUAAGAGCAAUACUCGCCUUAAGACCCUGAAGCGCCAGCUGGAUGAGAGUGAAGAAGAAUGCUCAAGGGCCAGUGCUGGUAAGCGUAGGAUCCAGCGUGAACUAGAUGAGCAGACAGAGGCCAACGAAGCCCUACAGAGGGAGCUAAACCAGCUCAGGACCAAAUUACGGUCCGGUGGAGGAUCCUCUAGACUCCUAGGUAGAUCCAGUAGAGCACCCAGGGGCUCCGCCAUGGACAGUAGCUCAGCUAACGAUGGGGUCGACGGCACAGGUUCAGACGAGGUCCCUGAAUAACCCCCCUAUCCAAAACAAAACCAUUUCCAAAGCUCUGAAAACAAUAUUAUUCUAUUUCUGCUUUGUAACUAAAGCUUUUUUUCUAAUGUAACAAAUGAUUGAAUACUCUACUCUUGAUUAAUCAGGUGAUUUUUUGGUUGAUACUACAAACAUUUUUUUAUCACUCUUCAAACUGCUCGAGGGGAGUGAGGAUGUUUUUCGUAGACUGUUCUUGUAUAAACUAUAUAUAUAUUAUAAUUUUUACAUGUUUGUCGUGUAUGCAUUUAUCCUUAUUGCUGUAGAAAUCUACCAAAGUGAUUAUGAUAUUAGAUUCAAAAUCAAGAAGAAAGAAGUUUAUUACGAUGGUAUGUAAUGGUAUUUGGGUGAUUGUCCAUGUGAUGUAAGGGGAUUUAUUUUCAUUGAUUUGUAUAAAACCUCACAAAUAUAAAAAGCUCUGGUGUUUAUAAAGAGAGGACUGUGGUGACCAGGCACUUUGCUAGGAUUGUAGCAGGUAUAAUUAAACCAUUUGUUCUAUAUUGAGCUCCUUUUAAAAAUAAUGUAGCCAGCAAAGCUCCCAGAUCUACAUUGAAAGUAAUUUGUCUGAAAAUACUUAUUAUUACAACUAUGUUGAAGAACAAUUUACUAAACUUACUUGUCAAGAAAGGAUAGGGAUCAGUAAAGUUACUCAAGAUUUUUUUGCCUGUUUCUACUUUUUUGUAUUGUGUCAACAUUUUGACAGGAUAAACGUACCAACAUUGAACCUGCGUUUUAACAGGAAAUUGUGUCUUGUGUAAUUAAAAAUGUAUGUGUAUCAUUGAAUUAUCAAAUUUUUCAUUUUUUUCAUAGCAUCAUUCAAAAUGAUUGAAAAAAUGUUAAUAUUGUUGUCAAGUGCCAUCUUUAACAAGAAGGGCACCUUUUUUUUUAAAUGGGAGAUUGGAAGAAUGCAACAGGUUUCCUGGAAAUAAUCCUUUUUUGUAUGUUUUCUUGUCCUUUGAGAAAAUUCCAAUAUAUGUGGUUGUGGUGGUUCAGAAAUGAUAAGAAAUUAUAUGCAGUUUUUCCAGCUUAUAUUUCCUUGGAGAGGAAUGGAAAAUCAAACAAAGUGUAUCAGCAAUAGUCUUUCUUAUCUUCAAUAUAUUUCUCUUCUUGAAUUCAAAUCAUUAUGAUAGGAUUCACAAAUAGCCCCCAAUCAAUGAUAUGAGAGUGAUAAAGAUCCAUUUAUCAUAUCUCUACAUUUUAAAAGAGCAAAACUUAUGUUAUCUAUGAUUAUAUGUUUGUGUAUGCAAGCCUUAACAUCUAUAUAUUUCUGAAAGGUUAUAGCUCAGAGCAGUUUUGUAAUAUUUGGGUAGUGUUGCUGUAUGUAUUACGUAGACUAAAUUCAUUAUGAUUUUUGUGACAGCUUAAAUUUGCAAAAUGGUAAAUAUAGAUCAGUGCUUCCCUGAGCGUUGUAAUGCAUAUUAUUUUUGUUUAGGAGUUGUGAUAUGAAUUUAUUCCUACUACUUAGUGUGAUUUGGAAAGUGAUUUUAGAGUAGAACUUCAUGUACUUUUAACAUUUAUUUUUUUGUUAUUAUGGCUAAAAGGGAUCGUAAAAAGAAGUAAUGGGACAUGUUAUUAGAAAUUGUAGAUAUUUGAUAAGAAUUUAAAAUUUAAUCUUGUAUUUCUCUAUGUUAGCGCCAUGCCUAUCUAUAAAAUAAUGAUAAAAAAAUGUUUCGCAACAAAAUUUUGUUUCCUUUUGUUUUCUUUCUGAUUGAGAUAAAAAAUAGAAAGUUAUUAACGUAAUUCUUUCUGCUCUGGCGAGCUUGUAAAUUUAUUGGAUAAAAAAAGAAAUUGAAAGGGUGGUCUCUUCAUAGGUAAUCUAUAUACAUAUAUGACUAAUCCAUGUAAUCUUUUUUUUUUUGAAUAAAUAUUUCUUGCUUGCUUAUUAUUAUUUCAAAGAUAUUUGAUGUUUAUUUCUAUGCUAUUGGUUUAAUUAUAGAGUACUAACAGAUUUUUGGAUGAAGAAGUAAGGACAUGUUGUGAUCCUUGCAAUAGAUUGGUAAUUAUAUUGGAGAAAGAUUUACAUGUAAUAUUUCCAUGGUAAUAUAACAAAUUUAGGAAUGAAAUUGAAUGCUCUUUUUCUUUCACCCUUCAUGAAUGUAGGAUUGAAACAUGGGUUUUAAUUGAAGCGUAUUUUCUGUUGCAUGUCUGGUACAAAUGGAGUGGUUUGAGAGAUUUGUUUUGUUUGGUCUCAUGUUCUAUUCAUUCCACAUGAUGAUAGAAAGGAGAGAUACGAGUGUUGGUUUUGAGAAUUGUAGUCUUAGUAAUGACUUCAUCACCAUUCCUUAUCGGUGAAAAAGAGCUUGAAAUUAUAUCCCGACUUUGUGGUUUUAGCCUUCCAAUUGAAAUGCAGAGGAUUUAUGUAGGCGUUGUCUAACAGAAGAUUUGGAGUGUCGUGCCACAUUGGCUGUUAAUUGACGAUGCGACCAGUGUUGAGCAUAUGAUGUGAAUACAGUAGUCUAAUGUUUAUAUUAAUGAAAUCUAAUGUCUAUUGAUGAUGAAGAGGGGUAUGGAUAUCUCAAGUAAUAAUGAGAGAAUUUGUUGAAAUACAAAGCUAUUCAUGAAGAGUCAAACAAUGGCUUGUUCAUGUAAUGAUGCAGCGGUUAAGUCAUUUUAGGAUGCAAGAAAAUUAUUAUGAUCUUGGGUUGAAUGGUAAAACAUUGUUUCUUUAUUUUUUAUUUUUUUGGUUUAUAGUCUGCUUAUUUGAAGUAAUCAUGAUAUCAUCUACUUGUAUAUGUAGUUAGUUCAGAGGAUGCUAUUUCUCUCAUCUUCAUUAACAACAUUUAGAAUCAUUUUGGUGUUGCUGGGAUGGAAUACGAAACAAAUCGUUGGUUGAAGUGAAUUUUUUUUCAUGCCACCUUGACAUAAACAGGCUUUUUAAACCAAACUUUUUGAGGGAUGGAUGGUUCAUCCUGUCCUCUCGUUUUGAAAGCUUCAGUGUAAAAUUGGCAUUGUUUCAUAAUUUAUAGUCAUGCAUAUAAAGCUAAAUUAACCCUUUCUACCUAUAUGCUAUGGUGAUUAUUUUCCUGUUUUAGUCAUGUAUUUGUACAUUAUUAUGCUUUUGAGCUAAUGCUACACAGACCAAUAGAAUUAUAAUGUAGAAAAUAUGGAUAUAUACAUGUAUGAAUAUGAUGGGGGGGGGGGGUAAAAUGAUAAUGGAAACUUGUGUGAAUUUAACUGUUUUUAUUAACCCAAAAUUUCAAGAAGAUGAAUAGGAUAACGCUUGAAUCUUUAUAGACGCAUUUAUUUUGUGAAAACUAUUCAAUUUAUACCAGAAGCUAAAAAUCAAUAAUCUAACAUGCCCAAUUUUUUUGAAUUAUCAUGUUCUGAUGUAGUUAUGACAAUAUUGUUUCCUCUCUCUGAUCGGGAUUGUAAUAAAACUUACUGUAUAAUCAUAA